GGUAAACCAGGAAUCUGAGGCAGCUGGGGAGCUGGGGCUCCGCUACAUAAGGUUUUACUCAUGGACUCUGCUCUGCUCGCUGCUCAAGACCCCAUCCUCGCAUCGCUUGCCCGCCUGCAGUCUCUCGUUCCUCAUCUCGAAGAGCUCUCCUCCGAAGCACAUCUCUUCUCCCAAAAGGUCUCCGUGACUGCGCGCACCGCCGCCCGCGUUGGCGGGCGCGUGCGCACCCUCGAUGAGGAGAUGCAUCGCGUCCGCGAGGCGAGCGAGCGCGUAGGGCAAGUGAUGGACUUGAAGGUGUCACUACUCUCGAUGCAGGCUUCUAUAGAAUCUCAAGACUGGGAAUCAGCCACGCGAUAUUGUGCGCGUGCUAUGGCGCUCCCCGACGAGGUUAUCUCUGGCGCUUUCGCUGAGGUUGCCGUUCCAACAUCCGAGAGUCACCUUCCUCCUACUCAGACUUUGCAAGCCGCCCGAGAACACCUUCUAGAUGUCUUUACCAGCCAAUUUGAUGCUGCAACCAAGUCCCGCGAUGCUGUUGCAACGACUCGGUUCUUCAAGCUAUUCCCUUCCAUAGGUUGGGAAGCAGAGGGCCUCGAGGCGUAUGCCUCGUUUGUUGUCGACCUUGUGAAGGUGCGCCCUCCCGCAUCUGCUAAAACAUCAUCUCCGCUAUUCUACAUCACAUCUCUCACCGCUCUCUUUGAGAGCAUCGCUAUGAUCGUUGAUCAGCACCAGCCUGUGGUCGAAAAAUAUUAUGGGCCGGGUAGAAUGGCGAGUGUGAUCGUGCGGCUGCUUCAAGAAUGUGACCGCGUUUCCAAAUCUUUGAUCGAAGGCUGGGAGGAAGAACGCUCAAUGAAACGCAAGCUUUUGGAUACAUCCAAUACCUCAUUCUUUUCCCUAACGACAUCUACGCCUACUAUGCGUAGACCACCCACGCAACUUUCAGGCAUUGACGAAGAGGUUGAUCCGCGCGAGAUCGACAAAGUCAUCACGGAGGCAGCAGGAAUGGCCAGCCGAUGGAGCCUGUUUCGUCGAUUCUUAUACGACCGCUUGAAGGUAUUCUCGGGAAUCUUUCGACCGCCAUCCCCUGCGUCCUGGAAUCUCAUGGCUGUAGACUUGAGUGCUUGCAACAAGCUUUUCAGCGACCUCCUGACUACCUACUAUACCCCCCUUGAAACUUGGUACGCCCGUAGCGCCAUUGACAAGGCGCACCAUCUUUCGACCUCGGAGGCACUCUCCAGCCCCGUAACCACCACCAGGCCUGACGACGCAUUCUACAUCAUCAAGGUCAUCCUUGCGCGCCUCCUCUCGACAGGUGCAGCUCCUGUUGUGGAACGCAUGGCCGCGGCGCUGCGCGAUGUCAUCGAACGCGACUAUGCCGGCGUGCUGCGGCACAGGAUGGACGAGGUGUACCGCUCGGCGGGCGCGGUGCGCGGGGAAAAGGCUGAGCGUGAGAGUCGUGUUGCGUUUAUCACACUGUUGAAUGAUCUGGACAUAUCUGCCUCACACAUGGAGCGGCUUGUGAGGGACCUUCUUGCAUCAUCAACCAUCACACAGAAUUUUCUGGCAUCUGAGGUUGAUCUCGCGACGAAUAGUAUAUCGUCGUUGACAAUGCUUGUGCCCAAAUUUCGAUCAAUCCUCCGGGCCGGCGUUGAGCAGCUAUUCAAUCAGCUCCUGCGCCCGAAGCUGCGCAUGCUCCUCGCAGACGUGUACAAAGAUGCCUCGUAUGUGCUUGACGAGGAUGCGUACGCUGCGGCCGAGUAUCAGGAUGUCAUUCGCAAGCGAUUUAUCAAGGCUUGGGAGGGCCUUGUAGACGGAUAUAAAGAUACAUUUACGGAGAGCAACUACCGCCUCUUUUUCGGUCUCGCGCUUGACGUACUGAUCCGGCCCUGGGAGAAAAUUGUUAUGGGACUCCGAUACAGUGAGCUUGGUGCGAUCCGGUUCGACCACGACUUGCGCUCUAUCACUACACAUCUGUCCUCCCAGACCGCUUUCGGCGACGUGCGCGAGAAAUUUGUGCGGCUACAGCAUAUUUCUACCUUGAUCAACCUCGACCAGGAAGAAGACGUAGACGAUUUUUACAGCAGCUCAGGGAUACAAUGGAAGUUGAGCUCGCAAGAGGCGCGGGCGAUUGCGGGGCUGAGGGUAUGACAGUACAGAAAAUGUGGCCAGGAGUGUGUGGAGUGAUUUACUAUGUCGUCCAUAUUCUCAUAUACCUUGUGAACAUCCAACAAAUCGUAAGGCAGACAGCAAAACAGAGGAUAACAGAGACAGAAGAAUUAUAGUACUACAAGUGUAAAAUGUUCAGAAUUAACAAAGCCCGGGAUAGGAACGAGGAAAGUGAGUGCAGGAUGUUGUGGGUAUCGGUUUACAUCUAAACCUCCCUCUCAUCCUCGGCGAAGAGCAUCAAGUCGAGCUUGCAAUGAGUCUUCAUCCGAUAAGCCGCCUGCACCGUUAUUUCCCCCGGAAGAGUCAUUACCUGACUUGGGCCUGCCAGAAGCCGCGAUGCCUCCGUCCCCGAGCGCGACAACCUGACGGUUUUCCGUGAGGGGCGCAGAGGUAGCGAUGUCCGUGGGCGCGUCAGUAAGCUGCUGCGAGAGGCCAACGCCGAUCUCGUCCUUCAUGUCCAUCGUCGCACUCUCGCGCUCGAACUCGUUCAUGAUGCGCUGGAUCGCAGGCAGGUUCAGCCCGCGGUUCAUGCCCUUCAUCGCACGAGUGGCACCGCGCAUCGCGUCGGCCAUCUGCUGGUUACUUCUAAGCGUCUGUAUCCGCAAUCCAACAGCUUGGAGCUGUGUCCUCAUCUGAUAAAAUUUCUGCACAUAUCGUCUCGUCCGGACAAGAUCUUUCGCCAUGAUUUUACACGCAUUCAUCUGGCCCGCCUUAGCGCUUUUCUUGAUGUCCAUGAUGAGUUUCUUCUCACUCUGCUCAAGCUUAGUACGUUCGCGGUCGAGUUCGCGCUGAGCCUUCGCGAGGGCGCGCUGGUGCUGCCGCAACCGCUCAGCAGGGGUGACGGUGCGCCCAAAAAGUGUUUCAAUGAUAUUCAUGUGCCUGUGUACGGAGUGACCUUUGACGAAGGCGCACGUAUUGAGCCCUACUCGUUUCAGCAGGACCCCGGCAUGACCUAUCAAACCUGCUCCUCCCUAAAAGGGACCAGGAAAACCUGGGACCUCCUGGGACCUACUACGGGACCAGAAAUAACGACUGGUUUUGAGACUCGCCCAUACAACUUCGUGUUCAUCAUUGCUCUGUCGAUUUCGUGAUGCCUCCAAGAGUUACUCGUAAAACCAAAGCCUCCCAUGUGAACGUCCUCAAACUCGACAAUCCUCCACCUUUGAAGAGACUGAAGACCCUUAGCACGGUAUGCCUUAUCCCUACACUCCGUGAUCUUUCAUUGACAUAGGGUAUGCGGGUAGCUGGCUAGCCCGCCGACCUAUGAUCUUGGACGGAACGCAACAUCUUCAUCGUCAUCUCCUGUUCAUCUCCAUCCCCCCUCAAAAACCGGUCAAUG